AUGAUGAGGAGGGAACAAAAAAUUAUGAAUUUAAAGAAUAUAUUUCUAAAUCAUCUGCAAUUCGAAUUCAAAUGUCGAAGAUGCCAAGGACGCACUUAUUGCAUAUGCAAGAAAUCUUAG